AGUAAAGAAGCAGAAAUAAAGAGGAUAAACAAGGAACUGGCAAAUAUUAGAUCAAAAUUUAAAGGCGACAAGGCUCUUGAUGGCUAUAGUAAAAAAAAAUAUGUCUGCAAGUUGCUCUUCAUCUUCCUCCUUGGUCAUGACAUUGACUUUGGACACAUGGAGGCUGUGAACUUGCUGAGUUCAAACCGAUACACGGAGAAGCAGAUUGGCUACCUUUUCAUCUCGGUGCUGGUGAACUCCAACAGCGAGCUGAUCCGCCUGAUCAACAACGCCAUCAGGAACGACUUGGCCAGCCGCAACCCAACAUUCAUGGGCCUGGCCCUGCACUGCAUCGCCAACGUGGGCAGCCGUGAGAUGGCUGAAGCCUUCGCCGGGGAGAUCCCCAAAAUCCUCGUGGCAGGGGACACCAUGGACAGCGUGAAGCAAAGUGCUGCCCUGUGCCUGCUGCGCCUGUACAGAACGUCUCCUGACCUCGUCCCCAUGGGCGACUGGACAUCCCGAGUGGUGCACCUCCUUAACGACCAGCAUUUGGGUGUGGUGACCGCCGCCACAAGUCUGAUCACCACUUUAGCACAAAAGAACCCAGAGGAGUUUAAAACCUCUGUCUCUCUGGCUGUCUCCAGAUUAAGCAGAAUCGUGACAUCUGCAUCAACUGAUCUGCAGGAUUAUACGUACUACUUUGUCCCAGCUCCCUGGCUGUCAGUCAAGCUUCUGCGGUUGCUACAGUGCUACCCGCCCCCAGACCCUGCAGUUCGAGGCCGCCUGACAGAGUGCUUGGAGACCAUUCUGAACAAAGCCCAGGAGCCACCCAAGUCAAAGAAAGUCCAACAUUCGAAUGCAAAGAAUGCCGUGCUCUUCGAGGCGAUCAGCUUAAUCAUUCACCACGACAGUGAGCCAAACCUACUUGUCCGCGCCUGUAACCAGCUGGGCCAGUUCCUGCAGCACCGCGAGACCAACCUGCGCUACCUGGCCCUGGAGAGCAUGUGCACACUGGCUAGCUCUGAGUUCUCCCAUGAGGCAGUCAAAACACACAUUGAGACCGUUAUCAAUGCUCUGAAGACGGAGCGGGACGUGAGUGUGCGGCAGCGGGCGGUGGACCUCCUUUACGCCAUGUGUGACCGCAGCAGCGCCCAGCAGAUUGUGGCCGAGAUGCUGAGCUACCUGGAGACGGCUGACUACUCCAUCCGAGAGGAGAUUGUGCUGAAGGUCGCCAUCCUGGCCGAGAAGUACGCAGUGGACUACACCUGGUACGUGGACACCAUCUUGAACCUGAUCCGCAUUGCUGGCGAUUAUGUUAGCGAGGAGGUGUGGUACCGUGUCAUCCAGAUUGUUAUCAACCGGGAUGACGUGCAGGGCUACGCUGCCAAGACGGUGUUUGAGGCUCUUCAGGCCCCAGCAUGCCACGAGAACCUGGUCAAAGUGGGAGGCUACAUCCUAGGGGAGUUUGGAAACUUGAUAGCCGGGGACCCACGGUCCAGCCCUCUGAUCCAGUUCAACCUGCUGCACUCCAAGUUCCACCUGUGCAGCGUCCCCACGCGCGCACUGCUCCUGUCUGCCUACAUCAAGUUCGUGAACCUCUUCCCAGAGGUGAAGACCACCAUUCAAGAUGUGCUGCGCAGUGACAGCCAGCUGCGGAAUGCGGACGUCGAGCUGCAGCAGCGGGCAGUGGAGUAUCUGCGGCUCAGCACCGUGGCCAGCACUGACAUCCUGGCAACCGUCCUGGAGGAGAUGCCCCCAUUCCCAGAGCGUGAGUCCUCCAUCCUGGCAAAGCUCAAGAAGAAGAAGGGCCCGAGCACGGUGACCGACCUGGAGGAGACCAAGCGGGAGAGGAGUGUUGACGUGAAUGGGGGCCCUGAGCCCACCCCAGCCAGUGCCAGUGCCGUGUCUACGCCUUCUCCGUCGGCAGACCUGCUGGGUCUGGGGUCUGCUCCCCCUGCCCCCACGGGCCCCCCACCCUCCUCUGGCGGCGGGCUGCUCGUGGACGUGUUCUCAGACUCGGCUUCUGCAGUUGCACCUCUUGCUCCUGGCUCCGAAGACAACUUUGCCAGGUUCGUUUGUAAAAAUAAUGGUGUGUUGUUUGAAAACCAGCUGCUUCAAAUUGGACUUAAGUCUGAAUUUCGGCAGAAUUUAGGUCGGAUGUUUAUAUUUUAUGGUAACAAGACCUCCACACAGUUCUUGAGUUUUACUCCGACACUAAUCUGUUCAGAUGACCUGCAGUCUGAUCUGAACCUGCAGACCAAGCCAGUGGACCCCACUGUGGACGGGGGUGCACAGGUGCAGCAGGUGGUCAACAUAGAGUGUGUGUCCGACUUCACAGAGGCACCAGUCCUCAACAUUCAGUUUAGGUAUGGGGGCACCUUUCAGAAUGUGUCCGUUAAGCUGCCCAUCACACUGAACAAGUUUUUCCAGCCCACAGAAAUGGCUUCUCAGGAUUUCUUUCAGCGCUGGAAGCAGUUGAGCAAUCCACAACAAGAAGUACAGAACAUUUUCAAAGCAAAGCAUCCAAUGGACACGGAAAUUACUAAAGCAAAGAUUAUUGGAUUUGGUUCUGCCCUCCUUGAAGAAGUUGAUCCUAAUCCUGCAAAUUUUGUGGGAGCUGGUAUCAUACAUACCAAAACCACCCAGAUUGGUUGCUUACUACGUUUGGAGCCAAAUCUACAAGCCCAGAUGUACCGACUCACACUGCGAACAAGCAAAGAAGCCGUCUCGCAGAGGCUGUGUGAGCUGCUGUCAGAGCAGUUUUAAUCAACGCGGGUGGAAGGUCAGGCCACGCAUUUGUGCGUUUUCUUCAUCUCUGCUGUUUGUCUUCAUUACCACACUGCAAAUAAAUACCCCAUCUGAGUACUGCAGUUCGAGGCACCUCCCAAUCCUGCUUUUCCAGAGCCUGUCCCUUUCGGUGUGGCUAGGAACAUAAAUAUGUGGUUUAAGAAGAGAAGCUGAGCCUGACUACAGUGGGCCUGCUGAGUCAGAGGAGGGGUGUGGGUCCUGGGAUCACUUUCCAUAGAAAUCAAGACAGUUCUGUGGUUAAAUCUACAAAUUAAAGGGAAAUUAGAAGUUUGGAU